AUGGACGGCGGCAUUUCGUUGUCGUCGACGGCUAACGUCACUAACGAAGUUAGCCUGAUUAUCAAUGAAGGGAUCAAAAAUAUUGACCACAGAAUUUCUUUGAAAAAAUUAGGACCUCCUAGACCUUUCAUGAACAUAAACCAAAUUCAAAACAGUUCAAAGAAUAAGAAUAGCUUCACACGAAAAUUUUCGCCACAUAUGUACAAUCAUGCAGAUUGGCUAUGUGGUUGUUCAAUUAAAAAUUCAUUUUUCUGCUACACUUGUUUGGUCAUGGGGGUUCAAGAUAGAGCAUGGACUGUAGACGGCAUUUCAGACCUUAAACAUCUACUGGAAAAAGUAAAAAAACACAAAACAAGUGAAAAACACAUAAAUGCGUCAAUAGAAUAUGCUGUUUUAGGUAAAGUUGAUAUUAGAUGCCAAUUGGACAAUGCAUAUAGGUUAAAAAUACAAAAACAAAAUGAAGAUGUUUCGAAAAAUCGAUACAUUCUAAGUAAGCUAAUUGAUGCAAUUAAAUUUUGUGGAGCGUUUGAAUUAGCAUUACGAGGACAUGAUGAACGCGAAAAUUCAAAAAAUCCUGGCAUAUUUCGUGGUUUGGUUAACCUUAUGGCGGAGCUGGAUGUAACAUUGCAACAGCACAUAAAUCAAACAAAUAACCGAGUGUUUUUGGGUCUGUCUAAAACCAUACAGAACGAGUUAUUGGACUCAAUAUAUUACGUUUGUCUGCAAAUGAUUCGUGACGAAUUGACACAAACCGACUAUGUUGCUAUUGAAGCCGACGAAACAACAGACUGUGCCACUUUAUCCCAACUAGUAUUUGUUAUUAGGUACGAGCUGAAUGGCACGAUUCACGAGCGAUUUAUCACUUUUAUUAGACCAAAAGGCCAUGAUGCAGAAUCAGUUAGCGAAACAAUUUUUGAAGUAUUAGAGCAAUUAAACCUCGACAAAACUCCUGAUAAAGUCAUUGCCCAGAGCUACGAUGGGGCUUCCGUAAUGAGUGGCCAACACACGGGAGUACAAGCGCGUGUAAAAUCUAAAUAUAAGAAUGCAAAUUUUGUCCACUGUUACGCACAUCAAUUAAACUUAAUCAUUGAACGCAGUGCUACACAAAAUAAGCAGGUUAAGAUAUUCUUCAGUAAUAUCGAGGGGUUUUCAUCAUUCUUUUCCCAGUCAACAAAGAGAACUGCAGUUCUCGAUGAGAUAGUAAAACGUCGUAUUCCAAAAAGCUCAGGUACUCGGUGGAAUUUUAAAUCCAGAAUUGUAAGCACAAUUUUUAAUUAUCAAAGAGAGUUGGAGGAAUGUUUAAGUUACAUACUCGACGAUGACACCAAUGACUAUGCCACAAUAAAUAAAGCUGUUGGCCUAAGAAGUAUUCUAAAAGACGAAGACUUUAUUUUCUGGCUGGACUUUUUCAAUCAAAUACUGCCCCACAGUGACAUUCUGUACAACCAACUGCAGCAAACAACAAUUGAUUGCGUCAAGGCGUUUAAGUUUGUCGGCGAUUUCAAAACUGUGGUAGAUCGCGUAAGAAACUCGACCAUGUUAGAUAAACCGAGAGAUAGUGAACCCGAAUCGAGCAAAAAGCGGAGAAGGCACGACGAUCAAAAACGCGUCGUCGCAAAGGAAGUGUGUGACAUAAUUACGUCGGGAAUUGAUGACCGUUUUACGUUUGUAAAUCAUUUGUCCGCGGCAAAACUGUUUCAGCCAAGUUUGUUUGGGGAGUUUAAAACCAAGUUUCCCGAAAAAGAGUUACACGCUGCUGCGGAACUAUUUAGCCUAAAUAAAACUGAAUUGAAACAGGAGUUAAAUGUUAUUUACAAUAGGGAUGAUUUUUCAACGGCCACAGGGUCAUUAAGACUACUCAACUUUGUCUAUGACAACAACCUCAAAGAUGUGCUUCCAGAGUCAAUCAAACUUUUAAAAAUCAUAAGCACAAUACCUAUGACUACUUCGGAAAGUGAACGUUGUUUCUCUACUUUGAAACGAAUUAAAACGUUUACCAGGAGUACCAUGAAACAAGACAGACUAAGUGCGCUUGCUAUGUGUUCUAUCGAAAAAAAGCUGUUGUCAACUUUAAACUUCAACGAAAAAGUAAUAGAUCACUUCGCCGGGCAGAAAGAAAGGAGGAUGGAUUUCACAUUCAAACAGUACAAUUAAAGUUAGGCCUUAUCCUCAUGGUAUGGUUUUCUACUCAUAUUGCCGUGGAUGUUUUAAUAUAAAAUACAAUUAGUCAAGCCUUACCCUCAUGGUUUGGUUUUCUAUUCGUUAUUGCCGUGGGUGUUUAAAUUAUACAAUUCAAUCAAUGUCAGGCCUUACCGUUUGGUU